AUGCUGUACGCCGGAGCUAUAAAUACUGUACGCUCAUCUUCUACACGUCGAUUAAGACUGUUGAUUCUUGUCUUUCUGUUGUUGUGCGGUUUUUACUGGUUUACCACAGAAUCAUCAUCGGGCCAGGCCAGUUUUCGAAAAGGAACUAUCAAGUUUGCUGGCUCCUCUGGAACUAGGAAUUUUGCCAGCCCUAAUUGGAGAUUUGGCGGGAAUAGCAAUGGACGGUCACGACAGAUGGAAGCUCCCAUGCAGGCCGCGGUACCUGCACCAGGCCCGACGGCCACAAAAGGCGGCAUCAAAAAAGAUCUGGUUGUAGCGAGUAUGCUUGAAGACAAUACCACUUGGCUCUAUGACUCACUUCCCGAUUGGCACAAGAGUAUCUACGUCGUAGACGAUAAAUACGCCGAUUUGACGGUGGCCACCAACAAGGGCCGAGAGUCCAUGGUCUACCUCACAUACAUUAUUGAUAAUUACGACCAUCUGCCUGAUUACAUGCUCUUUAUACAUUCUCAACGGUACCAAUGGCACAACGAUGAUCCGUACUAUGACGGAGUGCCGAUGAUCAAGCGAUUUCAGCUGCCAUACCUCGAAAUGAUUGGUUACGUCAAUCUCCGUUGUGCCUGGGUGCUAGGCUGCCCUGAAGAGAUCCACCCCAUGACGGAUACCGACCGUGAUGCUGUUCAUGCAGGUCCGUACUUUUACAAUGGAUUCAAAGAGCUCUUUCCCGGAGUCAAGGUCCCUGAUACCGUCGCGGUGUCUUGUUGUGCCCAGUUUGGAGUUGCACGAUGGAAGAUUCGUGAACGUCCAAAGAGUGAUUAUGAGCGGUACAGGAAAUGGCUCUUGAAUACCGAUUUGGACGACGAUAUGAGUGGUCGAAUCAUGGAAUAUUCAUGGCAUACCACCGGUAAAUCCACCGUCUCCUCCCUCCUCUCUUCACCACCACACAACCUCCCCAUCAUCGAUGCCGACGUCCUCGCCCGCAAAGUCGUCGAACCAGGUACAGCAGGCUACAAAGCUAUAGCCAAUUACUUCGGACCCAGCACACCAGACCUCCUCCUACCGCCAGAUACCGAUGGGAAGCAAGCACUAAACCGACCUGCGCUAGGUAGACGGGUAUUUGGUGAUAGCGAGGAACGAAAGCGUGAUAGGACGAUACUUAAUAAGAUUGUACAUCCGGCUGUACGGUGGGAGGUUUAUAAGUCAUUAUUAUACUAUUAUUUACGCGGCAAUUGGGCUGUGGUGUUGGAUGUGCCGCUACUAUUUGAAUCUGGUAUGGACGUCAUCUGUGGCACAGUGAUUGUGGUCGCGGUUAAGGAUCCGGCUGCGCAAAUGGCACGAUUACGUGCGCGUGAUCCGCAUCUAACAGCCGAAGAUGCUGAGAAUCGAGUCAAGAGCCAGGGCGAUGUACAGUCAAAGGUAAAGAAGGCAUUGUAUAGAAACAGAGCUUCAGAGCAGGAUCUCGACAAGGGCUCGCGUGGAGUUAUUGUUUGGAACGAUGGGGAUAAAGUCGAUCUUGCCAAGGAGGUGGAUAAGGCGAUUCUGACGAUUCAGGAAAACAGUCCUAGAUGGUGGUCGUGGGUGCUUUUGCUUGCGCCGCCUGUGGGUGUGGCUGCUGCUGUGUGGAAUAUGGCGAUUAAUUUCGGCGCGCAGAGGAGUUGGGAUCAGAAGGUUAAGAAGGAGAGGGCGAAACUGUAGCAUGUCAGCUGGCAGAGAGAACCUGUAGAUGUAGAUAUGCCAUCUCGAUGAAGAAAUCAGUUCGCAAUAUACGA